AUUACCACUCCGCUACAAGUCCACUCCGUUCGUCACAGAAAAAAUACUCAAUCGAUUAGUCUUGUACAUCACUUAUCAUAUAGGUAUCAAGAACGUGUUCGCCAAGCACACUACCUGAGCCUCGGCAAUCUUGAUUCUAUGUCAAUGUGGGCUUUGGGCGCUAUUCAACUGACGCCCCGCCCACGGUCGAGUCAUCCACUGUCAGAUAUCAUCUUUCCAUCAGUGAUUCAGUUUAGUAGCCAAAAUGCAUCAGGCGCGGGUCCGGCGGCCAUGACAUUCAUAUAAGAUGUGUCUGUGUACAGUAUUCCAAGGAUCACAUCCGCAUUCCCAAGUCUUAGUCCAAGCUGGCGUCCAUCCCAGACCUCGUCGAGCAGCUUCUGCAGCUUGCAGCGUCGAACACUUCAAGUCCAAACGCUACCGUGAUUACCAAUGGUACCUCAUCGUAUAUGACGGAACCUGCUCCCCUGAAUGGAUUCGGCCCAUUGAUCUCAUUCAUUCUUUCGAUCUCUGCUCUGAGAGACUGGGCGAAGCUUUUGAUCAUCGGUAGCUUCUUUGAGACCUGCCGACGCCUCCUUGCCACAGUCUGGUCGUCCACAAUCGACUCUUUCUUUCUCACCGCGUCAUUUGAGGAUCACGAUGACAGUUACAAAUGGAUGAUGAUUUGGCUAUCGAAGCAACCAUCCUGGAAGAAUGUGCGCAACGUAAAUAUUAGCACUGGCGAAAGGUAUUCGGGGAACGUCCCCGAUUCUGAAGGGGAGUCUGACACAUCUGGGAUGCCCAAAGUCUGUUACCUGCCAGCACUUUCUGGGUCUUAUACCCUAUGGUACAAAUACAGAUGGAUGCGGAUCACCCGUGUUUCGGAGCCAAUACCUGGUUGGGGCCCGAACCACAGGGACUCGUUGAAUAUCAGCAUCUUCACGCGUAACCAUGACAUUCUAAACACCAUCCUACAAGACGCCAAAAAGGCCUAUCAGGAUGCGCAAGGCAGCUCCAUUACUGUCUAUAUUUCUGAUUCCGCGAAUUGCUGGAGAGAACUCGCUACAAGACGCAAGCGGCCUCUAGAUUCUAUUAUCCUAGAUCCUGGAAUUCGGGAACUUGUCGUUGAGGACGCGCAAGAUUUCCUUGCCAGUAAAAAGUGGUAUGCUGAACGAGGAAUUCCCUUCCGCCGUGGUUACUUGCUGUAUGGUGCACCUGGUUCAGGGAAAACGUCUCUGAUUCAUAGCAUCGCGGGCGAACUGGAACUUGAUGUCUAUAUCAUCUCCCUCUCCCGCAGCGGCCUUGACGAUACUGGACUUUCAGAACUCAUUUCAGAUCUGCCUGAGAGAUGCAUCGCUCUCAUGGAAGACAUUGACGCUGCUCUCCAUAACAGUCUUUCGCGGGAGGACACUCCUACACCACCCAACCAAACUGCCGAGUUCAUCCCUAGCUCUCCGAGGACGCCCACUCACACUACUAGCAAGGUGUCACUCAGCGGUCUACUCAACGCAUUAGAUGGUAUUGGCGCACAAGAGGGGCGGAUACUGUUUGCUACGACGAACAAGUAUUCGUCCCUUGACCCUGCUCUAUGUCGUCCCGGUCGUAUGGACCUCCACGUCGAAUUUAAGCUUGCGAGCAGAUAUCAGGCAGACGAGCUGUUCAAGCGUUUCUACCUUCCUUCCUCGCCCAAGACUCCUGCAGAUGACGACCAAGAACCGAAAUCGAAUCCUGCUCAGUCGCAUCUCAAUGGCUCUAUAUGUGACGGAGGUUCCACUGACCUAAUUGAUCUCGGCGUCCCAGAUGAUGUCGCCGACUCCCCUCCCUCAUCUCCUUCAGCCUGUUCUGAGAAAUCUGAACGCGCGGCUCUCACGUACACAGGCACGCGCCAUCGUGGACAUGCACCAAAGCUCUCGAGCGAUCAGCUUUCUGCGCUUGCUGCACAAUUUGCGUCAGCUAUUCCGGAGCGUGAGGUGUCGAUGGCUGCUCUGCAGGGUUAUUUGAUGUCACAGAAGAGCAGGCCUUCGGAGGCUGCCAGAGAGGUUUCUGCUUGGCUUCAGAAGGAGCUGGCAACAAAGAAAGCCCAAAAUGAGACAAAAUCAUGACAUGACGCUAUAUUUCAUCUGCAGAUUGGUCGGAGCCAAGUAUAUAGAUUCUAUCCAUUCUAUCCAUUGUUUCAUCUUCAAGUCAACUACGCACAGUACUACGUAGCAAUCAAAUUCUAAGACAAUCAGUAAUAGCGGAAGAAUAAAGCAGUGCUCAGUACAAGCUAUUGAAGCAGAGAAACCGAAUGCUGUCCGAGACAGUCCGACUACAGUGAUUGCUACGGAUGCAUGUACGAGUGAAUUCAAGAUAACAGAUGGAAUGUAAAAUUCAUUGGUCCUACUGCUGAUAAUCUUCCUGUCAGUAAAUCUCUUGUGCAAUCCACG